AUGAAUCGAGCAGCCCAGCUUGAUAAACGUUUCAACGACAUUCUCAGAGGCAAAGUCCCUGCCGAUGCGCGAAGCUACCCUCUCUUAUUGGAAGCGAUUUGUACACAGCAAGACCCUGCGGCAUGCAUCAACAAAAUCGUUGAGAGCUCCCAUGGCUCAAACGCGGUUCAGGCUGCCAUGCGUCACAAUACCAGUUCCCAAUUCCUCAACGACACUGCAACCAAGCUUCUGUUAUAUCUCUUCCGAGCACCGAACCUCGGUGAUGUCUUAGACCACUUGCUCACCGCCAUCGUUGAUCCCCCAAUUUUUUGGAGUGCCUUCAGCCAAGCAUUCGAUCAAGGUAAGCUCAAUGAGCCAGCCCAGGAAGCAUUCGCGGUGCUCCUCCUUCGCCUCAUGUCCCUAACUACGGGGAAUACGUCAUCAUACCGUGACGUCGCAAAGAAGCCUAGUAUCCUUACAAGGCUUCUCAAUUCAUCGCAACAGACCGUCAAAGACAUUGGCUACCGCAUCGAACAUAUUCUUUCCACCCCCGAGUCCGGCGUACUUGUCACUGCAGUCGGUGAACCUGGUGGUCGGCAUGAUAACGAUUUCGUCGACUUCAGGGAGAUCUCCAUUCUUCCAACUGCAGACGAGAUCCUCUGCCAGCAGCCUCCUUUCAUUCGCCCGAGCAGUGUAUUGGAGGAUCCUGAUGGCGAAGAAACUCGUACAGCUGACUACUUGGACAACACCUUCCGCUUGCUGCGCGAAGACAUGUUAUAUGAGAUAAAAGAAGAGCUCCAGACCGUUUUGGGACGGAAGAAAGGGCGCUAUCGUGGGCUUACCAUCGAUGGCGUCACACUCGAGGGUGUUUAUAGCGGUACAGAUGAUAGAAAGACUCGGUGGGGCAUCAAGCUUAAAUGCCGAGACGAUUUCAAGUCGAUGAAGGAUCUUUCCGAAAAGAAGCGCAAGUCUUAUCUCGAAAAGGAUCCUGCGGGCGUCAGAAUUCUCAAACAUCAGUCUCUUGUUUGCAUACUUUCAGGAAAUCAAAUCAUCAGUCUCGCAAGUGUUCACCGCGUGGAGGCACUGCUUGCGCAGAAGCCACCUGUUAUCGUGCUUCAGCUGGAAGGGGAGGCUAGCAUCGCAAAGACUCUCCUUCAGCUGCAGUCAUCGGAUACCAUUCGGCUCAUUCAGAUCGACACUGCAAUUUUUGCCUUCGAGCCAGUCUUGAAGGCUCUGCAGAACACGCAGUUCAUUCCGCUUUCGGAGGAGCUCCUGUUCUGGAAGGACGGGAACCUCGUUGGCGGCGCUUCGGUGACUGCGACUCAGGUCACGCGACCACUCGCUAUGAAUCCCUCUGUGAAUUUGCAGCGGCUCCUGGGGACUUCAUCUAGUAUUGUGCUUGAUAAGUCUCAGGCGGCAUCACUUCUGGCAGGACUCACGCAGAGGCUUUCCCUUAUCCAGGGCCCUCCAGGAACUGGGAAGUCAUUCAUUGGCGCGCUGCUUGCGAAGGCUAUCCACGAUCACACCGAACAGAAAAUCCUUGUAGUCUGCUACACGAACCACGCCCUGGAUCAAUUCCUGGAAGAUCUCAUGAAGAUCGGUAUCCCGGAGACUAACAUGAUCCGUCUUGGCAGCAGAGCAAACGCGCAGGUCGCCCAUCUUGGCAUUGCGGGGAAUAAAGAGCGUUUCAUCCGAUCCAAAGCUGAUUGGGCUAUCAUCAACAAGCUGAAGAGGGCGUCGAGUGUUCACUGCAACAAUCUAGAGGACGCCAUGGAUAGGUUCAUAGCCUCGAAGAUGGGGUUCAAGGACGUCCUCACGUACAUCGAGAUGGAGGACUCGAAAUACUUUGAUGCAUUCCACGUCCCUGAAUAUGACGAUUCAGGAAUGACUCGUGUCGGCAAGGGCGGCAAAGCAGUCUCUUCGGAGGAACUCAUCUCUAGAUGGUCUGGAGGAUCUAACGCUGGGCAGUUCAAAGACGAGCUUAAUGUACGUGAGGCGGCUGAUAUCUGGAAGAUGUCUGCGGACGCUCGCCAGAGCAUGAUGGAGAAAUGGAGGUCGGAGAUACGCAAUUCAAUCCUCGAGGAAAUUUGCACACUUGGCAAGAGUUACAACGAGUGCCAGGAUCAACUGACAUGCAAAUUUGGGGAAUCCACUGUGGCGACCCUCAUGGGGAAGAGAAUCAUUGCAUGUACGACGACUGGAGCAGCCAAGUUGGCAAAAGACAUUCGUGCGGCGAAACCUGAUAUCCUUCUCGUUGAGGAGGCUGGUGAGAUUCUUGAAAGUCACGUCCUUACUGCCAUGGGUGAGAAUACAAGCCAGAUGAUUCUCAUCGGCGACCACAAGCAAUUACGUCCCAAAGUCAACAACUACAAGCUGACUGUUGAAAAGGGCGACGGCUUUGAACUCAACAGAUCACUCUUUGAACGCCUGGUUCUUAUGGGCUUCCCUCAUCAAACACUGACAGCCCAACAUCGUAUGCGUCCGGAGAUCUCAGCGUUCAUCAGGAAGCUCACGUACCCCGACCUCACCGAUGCUGCCAAGACCCAGGGCCGUGAUGACAUUCGCGGUAUCCAGAACAACAUCAUCUUCAUUGACCACACUCAUCCCGAGGAUAACGACCCUCGUAUUUCCGACCCAGGCGAUGGGGCCUCGUCGAAACAGAACACCUAUGAAGUCGAAAUGGUUUGGAAGAUCCCGUAUCUUGGGCAGCUCUCAAAGCUUCGAGAUGUCCUGAAGAGGGACAAUGACCCUGUGCUCAAUGACCUCGACUCGCACGAUCUCAUCCGCGCUGGACUUAUGUCCCCAACUGACAAUACGUCCAAGAAGUGCAUCAGGCUUGCCACCAUAGAUAACUAUCAGGGCGAAGAGAGUGAUAUUGUCAUCGCUACCCUGACAAGGUCUAAUGCGUCCAACGACAUCGGUUUCAUGAACUCCCCUGAACGUCUGAACGUGCUCAUCUCCCGGGCUCGAAAUGGAUUCAUCCUGAUCGGGAACUCGCAGACCUUUGUGAAUGCUCGGAGGGGUAAAGAGCUCUGGGGAAAUUCUUCGAGCUCAUCAAACAAGGCGGCUACAUAUCGAACGGUGCUCAUGAAAUCUGCGUCUGAAUUUGAUACUCUUUGUCCCGAUGGCGGAUGCACAGAGAUAUGCGACACCAUGCUGAACUGCGAUCUCGGAUCAUUCGCAAAUGCCUUGUCAACACCCUCGAAGCCAGACCCUUGUCCUGACUGUACUAAAGAAGCCAAACGUGCGGAGGAGAAGCGACAACGCGAACUCGAGCUGAAGCAGAAGCUAGAAGAGGAGGAGAUGGAACGUCUGAUACAACGUGAACAGGAGCAGUUGGAGCACGACUUACGCAUGGCUGAGUUGGAUGCCGAGCUUAAGGCGGAGACAGAUGCGAUAACUGACGCCCAGGUUGCACGGCAGCGGGCAAAUGUCUUGCAACAGAAAACUAAGGAUAUCGAGGCGGCCAGAGCCCAUGCACAGAAGGCGGCUGCAAAUACGCAGGCGCACGCUGACGCUUCCCGUUUUGCUUCAUCGUCCAGGUCGACAAACCCCACAACUUCCUCCAUCUCAUACUCCCAAGGCAGUGUGCCACCGAUUCCGGAUCAGCCAGGCAAAGCGAAGCGGUUACCAACUCAAAGCAACCAGCCUCGGUCUACCAAUGAUGUUCAGCGUGACUCAGGAAUUGGCGAUGCUUUCCGGAGGCAGAUGGAGGCAGAUAAAGCUGCAGCGCUGGAAGCUCAACGGAACGCAAUUGAGGAGGUAAAGAGGCGUGACGCUGAAUCGAGUAGAGCUGCCGCAAGGCAGCGAGCUGCGGAGGCUGCAGCUCGGGCUCUUGCUGAGCAGAAUCAGAGGGCACGCGACCAGGCUAAGAAAGAACAACUCUUGCGCCAGUGCGAAACACUCUGGCAGCAGCAAGAAACAGACCGACGCCAAGAGGCAGAGGCGAAGGCAGCAAGGGAGAAAGCUGCUGCUUCACUCGUUCGAAUGCGUCAGGAGCAAGAGAGGAAGCAACGCGAAGAACUCGCUGAACAGAUUCAGAGGGCACGAGAGGCUGAGCAAGAACAACUCUGGCACCAGCAGGAAGCAGCUCGACGCCGAGAGGCAGAGAUGAGGGCAGCAAGGGAGAGAGCUGCUGCUUCACUCGUUCGAAUGCGUCAGGAGGAAGAGAGGAAGAAACGCGAAGCACUUGCUGAACAGACUCAGAGGGCACGAGACCAGGCUGAGCAAGAACAACUCUCGCGCCAGCACGAAACACUCUGGCGCCAGAAAGAAACAGUCCGACGCCAAGAAGCAGAGGCGAAGGCAGCAAGGGAGAGAGCUGCUGCUGCACACACUCAGGAGCAAGAGAGGAAGAAACGCGAAGAAGAGAGCACACAAGGCUACCAAUGGAUCAAACAAGUAUUGCCCGGGUGGCUAUCAUUUUUCUGAUUCCCAGGUUCCCUACUUCUGCGUACAAUAUCCAACUUUGAUUUACGACUCCGAGACAUGACUCCCCCGCAAAGGAUCCAUGUCAACGUUCACUGCUUUUCUGAACUUGGGGUUUCCUUACGCCUCUUUGCCAUGUUUUUUGUGCUCCUGUAGACGCUGUUUUUCCAAUCACCGUUUAUUGUUCGUUGCCACGAUGCCCUAUGUUGGACGAACAUACAUAUGUUGCGAUGUGCUGUAUAAUGCUGGAUCCUUAUACGCGUCACUGUUAACUUGGUGCUGUACUAGUGUUUUCUGCGUUCAAUAGCCUGAGGUAGAUUUACUAUCGAACACCAAAGCACACUGAAUGAAAGCGAUUAAUCGAU